AUCGUGAAGUCAUCAAAGAAAAUUAUAUUUAGGCAAAUCGAUCUACUACUAUACAAUACCAUGGAUCAUCUCCGGCAGUUAGCCGAAGCUUUCUACCGAGCCAGCUCGUCGGAGAUCCAAUCGGAAGCCCACAAGUUCUUCAACGCCCUCGACAGCGACGGAGACGGCCACAUCGACCAAAACGAGUUCAUAUCCUUAAUGACCGACGAAAAGGGCUUCCACCGUUUGUCCAACCCCAACUUCUUCAACGCGCUAGACGCCGACAGUAACGGCACGUUAGAUUUCUGGGAAGUCAUGACGCUCUUUUAUAUUGUUCGGAGCGGGAGGCCGUUCUGUGAUUGUUGUGGGGACUUCAUUCCGGCCACGUAUUUCACCUGCGUGGAGUGCGGGGCCGUUAAUGCCUGCAUUCGUUGUUAUGAGAACCGGAGGUCUAAGCACCAUCACCGUGACCAGCCUGCUGUAUUCAUGGAUAAUUAUAUUUUAUUGGAGGCUAAGAAAAGUUCAUCAUCAGGCGGCUUCAAUUCCAAGACUGAUGAUGAUGUUGUUGUUGUAAACAACGUUGUUGUGUCGCCCCCUGCAAGUACCAAAACUGAUAACGCAAACGAGGUUGUGUCGGCCCCUGCAAGUCCAAAAACCACUACUGCAAAACCAAACACCACUACUGAUAAUGUAAACGAGGUUGUGUCGGCCCCUGCGAAACCAAACACCAUUAUUGCGGCUCCAAACAAAGCCACUGCAAGUCCAAACACCACUACUGCUACUGCAAGUUCAAACACCACUACUGCAAGACCAAACACCACUACUGUAAGACCAAACACCACUGCUGCAAGACCCAACACCACUGCAAGACCCAACACUACCAAUGCAAAUUAUGCAAGGCCAAGACCAUACGCCAAUGAAAGACCAAGACCAAGACCAAACAACACUCACAUGGUUCAAGCAGCUAACUAUGAGGAAUGCAGACUUGCCAUUGACGCAUUUCAGUUAGCACUUAAUAUUGGGAAUACUUGUAGCAUCAUGUAACCAACGUCAGAACGCUUAUGGGCUUGAGUACUAUGGAGUAUUAAAAGUGCAACUUUCGUACCAAUAAUAACGAGUUCGAUCGAUUCUCCUGUUAACAUUCUUUCUGUCAAA